UCCGCCGUUACCUGCUGCAGUGUGCUCUUUCGCGCUUGGCACCUACUGUAUGCAUAAACUAGAUUAAAACCCUUUGCUUUUGCGAGUGUCAGAUGGUAGUCUAUUUUCUAGAAAGACAAGCCUAUUUCGCAUAUAGGCUACUCGUGCAAAUGUGUUACAGUUUAGGCUAGCGUUUGAUUUUUUUCCCCUCUAGUAACGUCCCAGAGCUUCUGGAAUAAUGCUUUCCACACCUUUAAUCGGAUAAACUCCAGGCUGAUUUCCCCAGGAGGUGAUAGAAGAACCAGCAUACGGUGGAAAUGUAGACAUCAACUAUUCCUUGCCUCAUUGUAUCACUAGAGCUCUUUCUCAAGACCUUGUAAAUUCGACUCUUCAAACUCACAACCCAACUCUUGACCGUCGGUAUUUCUUCAGACGGACUUCACUUGGAAUCAUUCAAGAGUUGCAUUUUGGUGCUCUUUGAUCUCACGGACACUGAAGAAGUACUUGUUUUUACUUUCUCACGAAGAUGGCGAUUAGUUUGGAGAGGGAGCUGGUGCUGAAGGAGAUGAUGAGACCACGACUCUGUUACAUUAGCAAAGGGGAGCGCGGAUAUGGAUUUCAUCUGCAUGGCGAGAGAAACAAAGGCGCGCAGUAUAUUCGUAAAAUUGAGCCAGGGUCUCCUGCGGACCUCUCAGGUCUCCGCUCAGGUGAUCGGUUGGUUGAGGUGAACGGAGAAAACGUCGAGAGAGAUCCGCACCAUACAGUGGUUCAGAAAAUCAAUGCUGUUGAGCACAGAACAAGACUGCUGGUGGUUGACCGUGAGACUGACGAAUACCUCCGCUUCCAUGGGCUCUCUUGCACGGAGGACCGAGCCGUAGAGAUGGGCUCCUUAUCACCGCGCACCUCUGUCACUUCCUCUCCCCGCACCUCAGCCGCCUCCUCCCCGCGUGCCUCGGCCACUCCGUCCCCCUGUGCCUCUUUCACUGGCCCCAGCCUGACAGAAAAUCUGGUCAGGACAAAGCGUGCAGUGUCCCCCCUGCUAAUGGAUGAAUCUGCCACUAUUCACAAUGGUCAGAAGGUUCCAAGUAGUCCAUCAGCUGUGUCCAAUGGCUCUGUUGUGUACGAGUGUCAUGGUAGACUGGCGUCCCCCGUUACUCUCACCCCAAUGUCCGAGCCAAGCACGGAUAUCAGUGGGUCCGAUACGAGUGCUCCGGAGACUUCGCCCUUGCCCCCCAAAGACCAUCGUCCGAGACUGUGUCACAUUAUGAAGGGGGAGCUGGGAUAUGGCUUCAAUCUCCAUAGUGACAAGGCACGGAUGGGACAAUACAUUCGCUGCGUGGAUCCAGACUCACCAGCAGAGUAUGCCGGAUUGAGGCCGAAGGACAGACUUGUUGAGGUGAAUGGGAUGAAUAUAGAGCACCUGAGGCAUUCUGAGGUGGUGGCGGUGAUCAGGCGAGGAGGGAAAGAGACCUCCCUGCUGGUGCUCGACCCAGAAACAGAUGAGCUCUUCAAAAGACUGGGCAUCACCCCAACCAACAAACAUCUAGAGGAGGACUGUGUGGAUGGGCCCCUCACCGGUCACUCUCCAGUCCCAGAUGACUCAGUGUCUCCCUCCCCAGUCACAGAGCCAGUGACGGAUGCCCAUACAGACACAGAUUCAGAUACCGAUACUGAUGCAGUGGACACAGCCGCUCCUCCGGUCAUCAAUGUGACGGUGAUGGAUCCACCCGUGAGCAACGGCUCUCCACGCCACCACAGCCAGGACAGCUCCUCGUCCCACUCCACACUGUCGGAGAUGAGCACUGAGCUGAGCAGCUCUGACAACAGCUCCAAGGUGUUGGAUGAGGAUGACCGUCCACCCUUGGACCCGUUCUGGCAGAGUGGUCUUCGCCUGAGCCCAACUGCAGCAGAGGCCAAGCAAAGGGUCCGCGCAAAGAAACCCAAGAAGAGAGCGCCCCCUAUGGACUGGAGUAAGAAACAAGAGGUUUUCAGCAACUUCUGAGAAGCAUUCUUACUAACUGGGAAAGACAAGGACAAAAAUAAGAGAAGGUCCUUCUCUGUUUAAGCUAAUGAUAAAAAAAAACUCCUAUCGCACCUUUACUCUGGAUAAGUGAUUAUUUUCCAGGUCAGAUCAUUCAUCUGCAAGGUCAUCUCACAUACUAUCCAAACAGAUCCAUUAAUCAGCUGAAGUUACACAAGACAGAAAGAGAUUAUAAAGGCAGACCUUUUGGGAGAAAGUGAGAGAAAAAAGACUGAGAGAGGAAGUGACGGUAGGAAGUAAGAAGCAGAGUAAAGUUUAUUCAAAGAACAUCAUGGGACGAUUUGCUCUGUCAGUAAGCAUUUGGCUAUCUGCGUUGCAUUUUAGAACUCUACUCCUUAAACCAGAAGUUUUGGAGCACUAAAAGUAAUGUGUUUGCUGUGUCAAAAAAGUUUAGGUUGAGCUGAUGUGGACCUAAGAGGCAAGUGCUAUUUGCUUGUUUUGACUCUUCAAAAUGAACUUUUAUAGCCUAUUAUUUCAACAACACAUGUUUAGCUUUUCAAAAUGAGUACUAGUCCAUCUCAGGCUACUUUAUUUAAUUUUAAAGCUGAAGGUCAUUGCAUUUUUCUCAGUCCUGUUACCAAACCUCAGAUGUCAUUUAAAAAGCAUGUUAAAAAAUAAUGUCAGCCACUUACUUUGUUAUAUCUUAGAAAUUGUUAGUUACAUGUUCAAAUAACUAAUAUUUGUGACUAAAGAAUCAGUAAGUGAAUGUGAGUUGUAUUUGUCUAAGAAUGCAAAGGCACUUUUUUUGCUUUUUUAAAGAACAUCAACUUUAUCCACAGCUUUAGCAUGUAUUUUAUUAAAUAAUUGGAUAUUUUAUAAAUAAUGGAACAAAACAUAAUUGUUAUCUUUUUUUUUAGAGGAAAAAAAAAACAGGCAAAGAACAUUUGGUAACAGGAAUGAGCCAGUUUUCAGAGUUGAACACAGUUUUAAGCAUGCAUAUGGUGA